UCCUCUUUCCUUCCCAAGCUCGGAGGAGGCCCAGCUCCCGAGGGGCUGAGAGCUGGAGUCCUGGUGAGGGGGGAGGAGCUGUCCCGCGAGGACCACCCCCCAAGGAAGUAUGAAUAGAAAAGACAGCAAGAGGUAAGGGGACCCUCCCCAGGAGCCAAGCCUGUGCGGGAAGGUUGGGGAGGCGCCGAGAGGGGCCAGGACGUCUGCCUCCUGUAGGAUCAGGGGUGCCAGGGACAGAUGCUCCAGGGAGCCCAGGGCCAGCUAGGGCCAAGGCUGCGUGCGCAGAGGCGCCUGCGGCUGACGCGCUCUCUCUCUCUGGACUUUGCUUCUCCCCUCACCGCCCUCCCCAUUGCUCUUUGGGCUACGGUCCUCCCUGGGGUCUUCCUGGCUCCCCAUCCAGUCGCUGCCCCCGACUGGAAACUCCAGCCUCCUCCUGCAGGGCCCUGCCCCAGGAGAGGGGUGUGUGAUGCAAGAUCAGCCGGUUCCCCUGCCUCUUAAACCACACCUGGCUGCUCCAGACACCUAGGGGGCUGCCAGUCCUCAGGUAGGGACCAAGUGGCUGCCACUGCCCCGGGGCUGUGGGAUGGACUUCUAACUCUGGGAAAGCUUGCCCUCCGGUCCGCACAGAGAUGGAUGGUGAUUGGGUCCCCAAUCUAGGUGACCCCUCCAACCUCCCCCAGCAUGAUUCUGAUGAGCAACUGGACUUCCCUCCCCAUACCAUUCAGUAGUUUAAUGGUGGGAUCCUAACUGCCUCAUUGCUGGCUGUGUGACCUUAGGUAAGUUACUCAGCUUCUCUGGGUCUCAGUUUCUUCUAUCAAUAGAAUAACUAUAGAUUGUAUCUCAGAGGGGCCUCUAAGUCUUCAGUGAGACAGUCCAGACCACGGGUUCUCAAACUUGACCAUGUGUCAGAACCAACCAGAGGGCUUAUAAAAUGCAGGUUGCUGGGGCUGGGGAUGUGGCUCAAGCGGUAGCACACUAGCCUGGCAUGCGCGGGGCGCUGGGUUCGAUCCUCAACACCACAUAAAAAUAAAAUAAAGAUAUGGUGUCCAUCUAAAACUAAAAAAUAAAUAUUAAAGAAAAAAAUGCAAGUUGCUGGACUUACCCCUAGAGGUUUUGAUUUGUGUGGGGUGGGGCCUAAGAAUUUGUGUUUAUAUCAAGUUCCCAGGUGAUUCUGUUAGAACUGAUUGGGGACCAUAUUUCGAGAAUCAUUGAUCUAGAAGGAGUGACCUGCUGGACAUGGUGAACCAUGCCUGUAAUCCCAAAGGCUCUGGAGGCUGAGGCAGGAGGAUCAUUAGUUCAAAGUCAGCCUCAGCAACUUAGUGAGGCCCUAAGCAACUCAGUGAGACUCUGUCUCUAAGUAAAAUAUUUUUUAAAGGGCUGGGGAUGUUGCUCAGUGGUUAAGGGCCCCUGGGUUCAAUCCCUGGUGCCAAAAAAAAAUUGGAGUGAUCAGCCCUUGACCCGCUAGCUAAUCAGUACUCAGUAAUGCCCCCUAUUAUUCAUCAACAGUCAGUGACAACUUACUGAGUCCUUAGGAUGCACUGUCACCUUUGCCAUGAGGGACUCCUGUUUCCAGUUUCACCCCAGCCACAGGCUCCUCCUCGGCCCCAUCCCUCUUUCUCUCUGCAUCUUAACCUCAGCUUUCCCACAUCUGGGUCACUGACCAGCCUAGGCAAAAACUAAGUUUCAUUACUUAGCACCUUUGAGGAGCCAGGCAUCAAAUGUUUAUAAUAAAUUCCUGGGGACGGUCCAAAGAUGACACUCAAUUUACAUAUGAGGAAACUAAGGAUCAGAGAAAUUAAGUGACUCACCAAACGUCACACAGCCAGCAGAAAUUUCUCGAACCCAGUUCUCUCCGACUCUAGAGUCUAAGUUUUGCUCCCUCCUCCUUUCUCCUGCCUCCUCUGUCUCUCCAUUACCCUCUCUCCCCACCUGGACCAGGAGCCUCAGAGGAGCACAAGGCAAAGUUAUUUUUAAACUUUCCUUGAAGCUGCCUUAGCUCCAGGGACCCCGCCUAGCUCUGGGGAGCUCUGGAGAGGUCAUUUUGUACUGGUACUUCCUCUCUGGGUUCCAAAUCUAGGCACCCAGCUGGAGGCUAAGACUCCAGAGCCUGUGAAGGGCCCUUCCUGAGGUAGAGUGGGGAGAAGAGAAGAGAUGGAAUCCCAGGGGCCUGCCUGAGGGAGGAGGCGCUGGAGACCAAAAGGGCAUUCAGAAGAGUUGUCCUGAAGCUGACCCUCCCGUGUGUCCUCCCAGGGAGGACAGCAGUGAUCCUAGGGGGUCUUGUGUCUUGAUUUCCUGAGAGGUCAGGACAAAUCCCAGGGGUCUGCCAACAGGAAAUCUCUUCCAUGAUGACUUGAGACAGUUUUGUCCAGAGGAAUUUGGGGGGAAUGCCUGGAGGAGGGAGUUUUUAGGAUUCCUUGGAGGGUCCUCAGUAGUCCUGGGGGCUUCUCCCUUGAUUCCUUGGGGAAUCUGGAAUAUUCCUGGGGGCUUCUCCCAGGAGUCUAUGGUAGGUCAGCGGUCAUCCGGGGACUUUACCUGUAUUCCUGUAGGAAUUUCUCCCAUGGUACCUUGGGGCAUUGGGGUCAAGAGGAAUCUGAGGACCUGCCCAAAGGAGGGGGCUCUCAUGCUUCCUGGGGGUGAGGGGAUGUGCAUCCACAGGAAAUCCCACCAGGAAUGCUCAGGGAAGGCAGGAGGCCGGGGCCGGCCCCGCCAGGCCCCUCGCCGCCACAAGACCUGCCCGAGUCCCCGGGAGAUCAGCAAGGUCAUGGCGUCCAUGAAUCUGGGCAUGCUGGGCGAGGGCAGCUACAGUGAAGACGAGCUGCUGGAGAAAUGCAUCCAGUCCUUCGACUCCAGUGGCAGCCUGCGCCGUGGGGACCACGUUCUCAACAUGGUGCUGGCCAUGCACAGCUGGGUGCUGCCUUCUGCUGAGCUUGCUGCCCGGCUGCUGGCUUUGUACCAGGAGGCUGCAGAGGACACCCGGGAGCUGAGGCAGUUGCAGAUCUGUCACUUGGUCAGGUACUGGAUGGCCCAACACCCAGAGGCCAUGCGCCAGGAGCCCCAGCUAGAAGAGGUCAUAGGUCGCUUCUGGGCCACGGUGGCCCAGGAGGGCAACUCAGCCCAGAGGAGCCUGGGAGAUGCUUCCCACCUCCUGAGCCCUGGUGGCCCUGGCCCCCCACCUCUCACGAGCAGCCCAGGCCUGGGCAAAAAAUGCAAAGUGUCCUUGCUUUUCGAUCACCUGGAGUCCGAGGAGUUGGCCCAGCACCUCACGUACCUGGAGUUCCGGUCCUUCCAGGCCAUCACGCCCCAGGACCUGCGGGGCUACGUUUUGCAGGGCUCCGUGAGGGGCUGCCCAGCCCUGGAGGGUUCCGUGGGCCUCAGCAACAGCGUGUCCCGCUGGGUGCAGGUCAUGGUGCUGAGCCGCCCUGGACCUGCUCAGCGUGCGCAGGUGCUGGACAAGUUCAUUCACGUGGCACAGAGACUCCGCCAGCUACAAAAUUUCAACACACUGAUGGCGGUCACAGGGGGCCUGUGUCAUAGUGCCAUCUCCAGACUCAAGGACUCCCAGGCCCACCUGAGCCCUGACAGCACCAAGGCCCUGCUGGAGCUGACAGAGCUUCUCGGCUCCCACAACAACUACGCCCGCUACCGCCGCACCUGGGCUGGCUGCAGCGGCUUCCGGCUGCCUGUUCUGGGUGUGCACCUCAAGGACCUGGUGUCCCUGCACGAGGCACAUCCUGACCGGUUACCAGACGGCCGCCUGCAUCUGCCCAAGUUGAACAGCCUCUACCUGCGGCUGCAGGAGUUGGCAGCCCUCCAGGGACAGCAUCCCCCCUGCAGCGCCAACGAGGACCUGCUGCAUCUGCUCACCCUCUCCCUGGAUCUCUUCUACACGGAGGACGAGAUCUACGAGCUGUCCUACGCCCGGGAGCCCCGCUGUCCCAAGAGUCUGCCGCCCUCUCCCUUCAAAGCACCUGUGGUGGUCGAGUGGACCACCGGUGUGACACCCAAGCCAGACAGGGUCACCCUGGGUCGACACGUGGAACAGCUGGUGGAGUCCGUGUUCAAGAAUUAUGACCCUGAAGGCCGCGGCACCAUCUCUCAGGAGGACUUUGAACGGCUGUCGGGCAACUUCCCCUUCGCUUGCCACGGGCUGCACCCGCCCCCCCGCCAGGGGCGUGGCUCCUUCAGCAGAGAGGAGCUGACGGGGUACCUGCUGCAUGCCAGCGCCAUCUGCUCCAAGCUGGGCCUGGCCUUCCUGCACACCUUCCACGAGGUCACCCUGCGCAAGCCCACCUUCUGUGACAACUGCAACGGCUUUCUCUGGGGUGUCACCAAGCAAGGCUACCGCUGCCGGGACUGUGGCCUCUGCUGCCACAAACACUGCAGGGACCAAGUGAAGGUGGAAUGUAAGAAGAGACCAGGGCCCAAGGGUGACGCAGGACCCCCAGGAGCCCCUGUCCCACCCACACCACCUCCUCAUGCCAGCUCUGACGCUGAGGAGAGUCUGUCCUACACUCUCUCCCUGGAACCUGAGACUGGGUACCACCUUUGCCAUGCUUGGACCCAGACAGAGUCCCCACACCCUUCCUGGGAACCAGAGACGGUCUCCUCCCCAGAGCCAGUCCCACCACCCACCUCCUCCUCCAAGCCAGAUUCCUAGACAUCAUCUUGGGCUCGUCUCUCCCUCACGGCCCCCACCCCAGGACCCCCAGACAUCCCCUUCUCCACACCCACAGGGUCUUUGAUGACGCAUCCAUCAUCACUUGACCUCCCAGAAAAGUUCUUUUCUUCCCUUGUGUGGCAGGAGCUAUUAAUCCCACUCCAUUUCCCACACGUAGCAUGUGCGGCUCAGUAUUGGGGGCAUGUAGACCAAGGCUCACCGUCGCCCGAAUCUCCACUCACAAGGUUAGGAGGGAGGCUGGCGAGGUCAGGCUGCUGGCCAAGGGAGCAGAGCUCCCAGGGUAGGAGGCAGGACGCAAACCUGGUCCGCUAAGAGUGAAGCUGCAGACCUGAGCGCAGUGCCCCGUGGACAGCCAGUGUGAGUGAAGGGUGGACAGAGCUCCAAACUGGGGUGGCAGAGACAGGGGAAAGGGGGUGGAACUGUGGGCCUGUGAACCCCCCCAAAAAAAGCCAGUCCUCACGGUGACCCACAGAGCUCUGCACUCUGACCCUCACCUCUCUGACCCCACCCCCGCCUCCCACCCCUUUACUCAUCCUGCUUCUGCCACCCUGGCCUCAGUAUACCUUGAACAUUCCCCAAAGAAUCCUACCUCAGGGCCUUUGCACUACCAGGAAGGCUCCUCCCCAGGGCCCCAUGUGGCUUUUUUUCUGAAACAGUGCUCAAGGCACACUUCUGACCAUUUCAGAGACCUGCAUCUCCCUGUUCCCCACCCCAUCCUGCCUCCCAGCAUUAUUUUUCUCCGUGGUGCUUCCUCUGUGUGACAGAUUCACAUUCCACCUAUAUUUUGUGAAAUGUCCCUUCCUCCUCACCAGAAAUGUUAGCUGUCUUUCCCUAUGGUGUCCCCAUGCCUAGAACAGAACUGGCACACUGGGGACACAGGAUAAGUGUUUACCCCAUGCCUCGAUGUGCCCUCCCCACGCCCACAGGAAGGGAAAGGGUGUCAUGGAAAGGCAGAGGACCCUGUGCAUCAGAGCAGUGGGGCCUGUCCAGACGCAGGGCAGGGCCUCCCUGCCCAAGGCCACGCGCCCCUGGCCAGGCCUCCACAGAGACGGUCCUACAGCCAUCAAAAUUAAAUUUAUUUUCCAGGGAA